AUGCCGAAGAAGCGUGUAGAAGGCGUCAAAAGCUCGACGAGUGAGGCUUCCGCGUCGAUGAGCAUCGCCGCGACGGUUUUGACCUGCGGGCGUCGCAAAAGAACCAUCGCCACAUCGCCGGUCACCAUUUCUCCCACCGGGCUGCCCAUCGCCAAGAAAUUGAAGAUCCUGGAGGGGCUGAUCACAAAGUCACCAAAGCGCUGGGGCACCCUCAAGGAAUGUACCGAACCUAAAAGGCGAUUCGACAUCUUUUCGCUUGAUGCUUCGACCUUCCAACUGACGCGCCGCGGAGCCGAAUGGGAACCGGAGCGAAAAUAUUUGCUCGCGUAUGGGGAUGUUUACAGCUUCCAACGCCAACUGAAGUACACCGAACGCUCGUUCGAUGGUCACCGUUGCUGCCACGUGCUUCCUGGUGAUGAUCGCAUGAAGCCGGCCCUAGAAGAUCUGUACAUCCUGCUGAACAAUGCCACGUUUGAGCAGUUCGGGUUCGGGCCCGGCUGGCUGGUGCCCGACGCCGAGAAGUACGAGAAGGCGCCCUACAUCCGCACUCACAACGCCCUUCUCGCCAUCAAGGGCCCGAAAGCAGAACUGUGUCGCCAAAUAGCCGGGACGAAGCCCUACUGUGUGGCCGUCCACUCCAACUCGGGCGAGGCUGGUGGUGAACUCCGUUCUACGAUUAACGAUGUGGUGAUGCUGAUGCCGGACUUGAAGAAGCUGUGGAUCCACCUUGGCCGUGAGAUCUGCGAGUCCGACUGCCUCGUCGACGUGAAGAUGCCCAUCAUCGUUGUCUACAUGGCGCUGAUGAAAACAGUGCCCACCGAGUCCGUGUCGUACAAGAAAUACGAGCCCGACGCCGGCCUGCUCGCGCAAUUCAGCCACACGCUCGUCCCCACGCUGCAGACGAUCAUUACGCAAUGGGAGAAGCGAGAGCGCGAAAUUGACUACGUGGUGGUGAACACGCAGCAGCCGGCUUUCGGACGUCGCUGCCAUUGGCGGGACCUUGACAAAGGCUUCGACGAUCUGCCGGUACAGUUGUGCGAGGGUCGCCACGAUGUUCACCACCUUUAUGGCGAUGACAGACUCUGUAUGAUCCGUCGCGAGCCCUUCAGCGAUGAGGGCCUGUUCAUCACUAUCAGUGGGGACAGCAUCCUGCUGUUCACCUGCGGCUACAACUCGCGAAGGCAUCGAAGCUGGCAGCAGUGCUGCGAUUUCAUCAGGGCUGCCGAUGAGGCGUCGCUCAGGAUGGGAAAGGCAAUGAAGCCGGGAGCCGACAACGGGAUUGUGGCAGCGCCCGAGGUGAUGAAGUACCGUGGCGAGACGGUCGUACAGGAAUGGGUCAACUCGGAAAAGUACAACGAGCUGUCGACCCGCGAGGGGCUUGCCGAUUACAUGGUCUACGGCUGGUACCCCUACUACUACCACAUCAUCGGAUGGCCAUACCCGCCACACGAGGUUGGAUUUCGACCCGACCCGAUCAUGUGCGCCUACGCCGACCUGUCCGAGAAG